GUCAACAUUAUGAUGUUGUGAAGCCAAAAUUUAACAUAAAUCAAGUAGCAAUUACACAGGUUGUCAGCUACAACUUGAGCAGGAGAGGACAGUGGGAAAGAGCAUCCUGGAGGCCGUUCACCCACAGCCACUACAGUCCUCUCAACGUCACAGUUAAUGGCAUCCCCUGCAUUCUCUUCUGGGCCAAGAGGAUCAUGAUUAAGUUUGAAAAUCACACGCAGCUGGAUUUGACGGAGAAGACAUUUGGUGUCCAUGCAACAGUGGAUGUUGGAGAUUCAAACUGCAGUGAAGACAAUGCAAUGCUUUCUCUGAAGUUUGGUGACAUUGGCAAUUUAAAGGGACUUGUUAUUAGAUUCUUAUUAACAACCAGUUAUUACCAGCUGUCUGUUCAGAACUGGUUCAGUUUACACAGACUGGAACUUCUUUACAACCACUCCAUACAAGCGACGUUCAAUGCAACCAGAAUAUAUGCACCAGCAAGUUACUCCUACCACUGUGAACAUGUGAGCAGCUUGCAGAGAUAUGAUGCACUUCUCAUACCCAGCUCUGCAAAUGAUCUGUCAAAGCUUUGGGAAGUCACUUUUACUGAUUUCCAGAUUCAAGGUUUUAACAUUGAAGAAGGACGUUUUGCCUAUGCAAAAGACUGUGCAUCUUUUUUCUCUCCAGCAAUACUUAUGGGAUUGGUUAUGUCACUGAUUCUGCUGCUGGUUCUUGCCUAUGCUCUUCAUAUGUUGAUACACCUGAAAUCUCUCGACAGGCAUUAUGAAUGCAAAGCUUCUCCUGCCUAUUUUGCACAGAUGAAAGACAAUGAUGUGGGAGAUGAGAAAGAGCCACUGAGAAGCAGUGCAAAUGAGUCCUAUGAACUUAGAAACCAACAGUUCUGUAAAAUCUAUAUUUAGCAGUGUGCAUCUGUCUCAGUGAAACAAGUGGUAUGUUCUUCUGCUGGCACUGUCGUAUGUAGUUUGUGUAGAUUUUUCACCAACUGAUGAAAGGAAAAGUAGGUAACAGACUGUUAACCAGUUACUGUCUGUUACUUACUGAUA